UGACCGUGUUCUGUUACAAAAAAGCAGGUGGGCGAAAAAAUUAAACGGGGACUGCGGACUGCUGGACUGCGAAAUAUUAAAUAUUAUCAAAAGGAAAAAAAGACAGGCAGUCGCGUGUGAAGCGCGCGCGCGGUUCGGCGGCAGCAGCAGGGCAUACAAAUUAUGCGAAAGGGCAUCCUCCACAGACAAACAAUUAACAGAAACGACGACGCCGCCGACAAAUAUGCAGAACAUACAGAAUUCAACAGCAUCAACGUCAUCGUCAUCCGGGGUAUCGAGGACAGGAUGUGUUGCAGCAUCAUCCUCAUCAGAUAGCAGCGGGGCGAGAGCGGAGGCAAAAUCCAGCAAAAUCAGUGAUGGAGGCGGCGGCGUCAUCGGCAGUGGCGGGUCCAGCGGCGAUAGCUGCACCCUCCACGAUCCGGCAGCGGCGGUGAGAACAGCCACAAAGCAACAGCAUCAGGAGCAGCCAUUGACCAUACACUAUCUGGCCAGCUUCCAUGAGAUCUGCGUGGUGACCGCCCUGCUGCCACUGGUGACUCUCUUCACCUGCUUUGUGACCGCCUACGUCUUCCAGUACGACGAUGUACACGAGACACAUUGCCGCGUCUACAAUAUAAUACCCUCGAUAAGUGCAAUUACGGGCGUAAGUCCGCAGCGCUACUUCUGGCGUUUUAGCAUUGCGCUGCACAUCGGACCACGAAUACCCAUUGCCUUUGUCUACAAGAACUACUAUCGGUCGCAGCUGAAGCGGCUCAGCCCAGAGUUGGUGCCACAGGCCAGCUGGCUGAUCAGCCUUAUUCUGGUGCUCAAUUGCAUUGAGAUAGCGUCCCUCGGCGGCGUUACCUAUAUAUCAAAUCGGGAGAACUAUCCCGUGCACGAGAGAAUCUUCAUCACGUUCAUGGUUUGUUCGCUGUGCUAUAUGCUGGCCACCAUCAAGCUGAAUGGAAUACUCAAUGCUGGCCAGUCACUGAAUGUUCAGCAGCAGCAGUCCAUAAAGUGGAAGAAGUUCUUCUUUGUGGCCUCUAUACUGAGCACCAUCGGUCUGUUGGUCUUCUUUGCCAAACAUCGCUUCUACUGUCACGAUUUGGCCUUUAGCUGGUUUGCAUUCUUCGAGUACUUGAUUGCCAUUGCCAAUAUGCUGUAUCAUUUCACGAUCAUCUGGGACUUUCCGUCGCAGUACAUGGUGAUUUUGCAGGGGCCGCUGGAGAAUAUAUCGCAGUACUUGAGCAGCAGGCCGAAAACUGACUAGAUCUGGGAUAUGCUUCCUCCAUGCGUUCGUUUGAUUUCUCGUGCUUGCUCUCCUACCGUGUACAGUGUCUGUAUAAUUCCCAUACGAAACGUACAAUUAUUGAUCUUCUGCAACUUUAAAGUUUAAACCUAAGCGCUUCCAUUGCAAACACAAAACAUUCUAUUUUUCCCUCAACUUUCUCUCUCUCCCUCUACA